AUGAAUCGCCGUGUCGACGGGAUCAAACCGUUCCGGACUGACCGGACCAAUAAAGGUGGCCAAAUGAGUGAGAUGCAAAAACCAAACGGAACGCCAGACGGAGCCGACGCACGACAAUAUAUGGUUUCAACGGGUUGCACUAGAGGUCAGAUAACCAUCAGUGUGAACACAGGUUUAGAUGCACAGAAGGGCCUACCUCUGGACUCAAAGGCUGGACUACUAUCAGCGCCUCAUCUAAUAAGAGUGAAUAUAAUAGACCCACCGGCUAUUGAAAUGACCUGGAAUAAGAUCGAGAGUGCAGACGUGGCAGAUCCUGUUAUUGGUUAUAAGGUUAAAGUAUGGGAAGUGCAGAACAUCACAAACACACUGUUCGUCGUUGUACAUGGAAACGUCGAGGAGAUCGUCAAAACUGAAGAGCAGGGUAUCGACCUACUAUCUGAACUUGAUGGAGCACCUGAUGAGAUCCAGGUCCCAGCUGAUGUGACCACAGCAGUCUACAGGAAAGUGAAGUUGGAUAUCACUUACGAAGUCAGGGUCCAAGCCUACACGAAGCUAGAGGACGGUCCUCUCUCUGAUCCAGUCAGGGUCAAGUUAAGCAAACCUUGAUAAUGAUGAUGAUGAAUUGUGACCUGUCUUGAAUUGUGAGAAUCUGAGUGUUUAUUUAUGUGUAUUUUAGUUUAAUAUUUCCUAGUGGCUAUAAAUUAUAAUUGUUUAAAAAUAAAAUA